GGGCGUUGGCGCUAACGUCACGCGGGAGUUGGCCCUGACGUCACGGGGCGGGCGCUAAAAUGGCGGCGGCGGCGGGAGCUUGGCUGAGGGGCUGCGCCAAGCUGAGAAGACACAUUCCAGCACACCUGGCUCCUUGGAGGGUUUCUCCCUGUGCUUUCAGAUCCUCCAAAUCAGAGCUCAAGCCAAACGUGGCCAGUGAUGGACUUGCCUGUGCUCCACUUCAAACGUUCACUGAAGAGGAGGCCAUGCUGAAAGACAUGGUGACCAAGUUUGCCCAGGAACGAGUUGCGCCUUUCGUGCAAAAAAUGGACGAGAAUGCGAAAAUGGAAGAGUCCAUCGUGCAGGGAUUGUUUGAACAAGGGCUGAUGAGUAUUGAGCUUGGGGAAGAAUAUGGAGGAACUGGAGCUUCAUUUUUUUCAAUCAUACUGGCAGUGGAAGAAUUGGCCAAGGUUGAUCCAGCUGUGGCUCUUGUGUGUGAACUCCAAAACACUCUAACAAAUAAAUUGUUUACCACCUAUGGAACAGAAGAGCAAAAGAGAACUUACCUGCCCAGGGUGUCCAAAGAUACAUUAGGCAGUUUCUGUCUGUCAGAGGCUGGGUCUGGCAGUGAUGCUUUUUCCUUGAAGACUCGAGCUGAAAAGAAGGGAGACUAUUACAUUAUCAAUGGCUCAAAGAUGUGGAUUAGCUUGGCAGAAGAUGCAGGAGUCUUCUUUGUCAUGGCAAAUACAGACCCAUCCUUAGGCUACAGAGGAAUCACCUGCUUCGUAGUGGAUCGCAACACAGAGGGGCUCCAGGUGGGGAAGAAGGAGGACAAGCUGGGGAUCAGAGCUUGUUCCACCUGCCCAGUCACCUUGGACAACGUGAAGGUUCCUGAGAGCAGUAUCCUGGGACAAGUAGGACAAGGCUAUAAAUAUGCCAUUGGAAUGCUCAAUACUGGCAGGAUAGGGAUUGCUGCACAGAUGUUAGGACUGGCCCAGGGGUGUUUUGACCGUACAGUUCCCUACACAAAGGAGAGAGUCCAGUUUGGGAAGAGCGUGUUUGAUUUCCAGGGGAUGCAGCACCAGAUUGCCCAGGUGGCCACGCAGCUGGAGGCGGCCCGGCUGCUGACGUACAACGCGGCGCGGCUGGCGGAGGCGGGCAGGCCGGCCAUCAAGGAGGCCAGCAUGGCCAAGUACUUCACUGCUGAGGUUGCAACACUGACAACCAGUAAAUGUAUUGAAUGGAUGGGAGGUGUUGGAUUCACCAAAAAUUUCCCAAUAGAAAAAUACUACCGUGACUGCAAGAUAGGUACAAUAUAUGAAGGAACUUCAAAUAUCCAGUUGAGCACAAUUGCAAAAUUCUUAGCACAGGAGUACUGAAACCAUAAGGACUUACUUGAUGCUAUAUAAAAAUUAUUUCCCUUAACAUUAAUUGUAAAUUUAUUGGUAAUUACAGAAGGCAUUGAUGGCAUCAUAAAUAAGAAUACACCAUCACAAAAAAAACAUUAAUUCCCCAUUUCAGGAGAGGGAGUGAGUCAUGUGAAAUCAUGAUUUCCACAUGCAGAUCCAAACUUCUUUCUGCCUGAGACACCUCCAAGCACUGGAUUUAGCUCCCUUAGCUUGUGCCAGCAGUUCACCUCCACUUGGAGAUGCCAGAGUGAAAACAAAGGAAUCCAAAUCCCUGGAAUCCAAACCCCUGGAAUCCAAACCCCUGGAAUCCAAAUCUCUGGCAUUUCUGUUUUUCCCCUUGGGAGAAAGGACUCUCCACGUGCAGCAGAGCUGGUGUGUAGGGUGGAGCUGCAUUUGGGGUGUGCUGCUGCAUUAGCAUGGGGUGCACAGAGAGGGAAUUGAUGCUUUCCUCUCUCCCAGGUGGAGUGAUGUCUGUGGAGCUGCUGUAAUUGGAGUCAUUUUUACAGCAGCCCUCAGUGUGUUCUUAAGGAUAUCUUUGUAAUUAAGCCCUUGCAGCCCCAAUUUGGACUCCUGAAAGGUGGAUAAUAUCCACCUCCCUUUCCAGCCUUCUCAGCUGUUAAGGGUUUUAAUCUAAGAGCCUAUUUAUAGUUCUCCUUUCAUAAAAGGUUGAGUUGAAAUCUUUCUGAAAUGGGGUUAAAAAAGCUCUAGUAGUUCUGCAAAAGGACAGAUAUAAGCUGGGUAAUGGCAGUGCUGUGAUUCUACCUCCCAGUGGCCUUUCCACAUUCAAUGCAUUUUACAAACUUUAAAGGGAGGCACUGUUAAUUUGCAGCCUAGAAUUCCUUGCUCCUGGAAGUUAGUGCUUCUCCAGCACUGUUUUCCCCUUUUUUUAAGAGAGAAAAAAAGGCAGGGGGUUGGGAAGUAUUUGCUUUUUUAUUUGUCUCUGUUUACUCUAAAAUUAGACAUUUUAUUUCCAGCAGAAACCUCUUCAGUGCUGGAGAGCUAAUUAACUAAUAAUCAAGAGACAGGAAGCUUAAUAUAUGAAAAAUCAUCCUAAUUGCUGUAAUUGGCAAUCUGUUUCAAGUGUUUUGGGGAGGGAAGGAUUGGUUUUCUGGUUUUGGCUGACUUAGAGGAAUCUCAUUUUUAAAGCUUGCCUUUCACUGAUGAUUCACUCUGAGUGGAGCUUAGAACAUUACAGGCUGAGACUCCCAGAGGAUUUCCUAGCAAAACCAGGGCAAGUGACACUUAACAAGUGGGAUUUGUAAAACAAGCAGUGCCUUAGACAAAGAAACAAGCAAGGAUGAAAAGCACUAUUAAAAAGUUCUCUGACUUCAAAGGGAAGUAACUGCUUUAGUGAAUUAAUCCCUCCAUGUACACACUCUGCCUGGUAAUGGGCAAAGAAUUAUUGUGCUGAUUAUCCUUGUGCCAAUAAAAAUGCCCCUCCCACAUCAGUUUGAUCAAGAGCUUUGAGAUUUACAAAAAUACAAGAGUAGGAAGGUAGGCUGGAUGGUUUCUGAAGUUAGCAAUAUUAUUAUUAUUAAUCAUUAUUAAUGCAUUUCAGAUUUACUUGCAGGCUUUGUUUCAGCUGAAUUGAGACAGCUGGGGAAAUUUAGAUUAGAACUAAGACUAGAAUUAAGAUUACAGACACCACAGCAUUUAACUACAUUUAUUCUGCUCAACACAAUCUUAUCUGUAAAUCCAAAAUAAUCAAAACCACACUGCAAGAUGCUGGAGUUAAUGCUGAUUGCUGUGCUGAGUUGUGCCAAGGUGAGGCAGGUUUAAUCUGCCUUGCUCCCCUGAGUGUCCACAGAAAGCAGGGUUUGGUUUUUGCUGUGAUCUCCUGGUUUGUGACACUCUCAGCUUGGCAUCUGCAGUUCUGUGUGAGACUGGCAAUACUUUACUGAUUCAAUUCAGUGCCAGAAGCAAACCCUUUGUGGAGGAAAGUGCAGAGCUCUUUGAAGGACUGUUAAGGGCUGGAUGUCCAGGAUUAUGUAAAAAGACUCUUUGUGUAGAACUGUGUCAGGUAUCCAUUUGAAAAAAUAACCAGGGGAAAAUGAGAUUAAUGUGAUUCCUCACAGUCUGAUAUGGGAUGCCUGAGUCCAGCAAACAACCUGAACAUCCUCAGCAGCAAUUCCACAGUAGCUGAUGAGCUUUUCUUCUCAGUAAAGCAAGGUCAAGCCUUUAACUAAUGUUACAGCUGUAAAUAUUUUCAUGUCUUUGUUAUGUAUGCUGUAUUUUGUACACAGUUUUCAAAGAAAUAAAUAAUGUAUUGUAUUUAUAUACAAAAUGUUGUGGAGGAGUCUGUGCACAAAUCAGUUACAACCCCUGAGUAACUUUCCUUGCUGUUUUAAGGGGACAGGUACCUGUGUGGAGAGCAUUGGCUGCUCAGGUCACUGAUUCUGGGCAGUCACAGAAUGGUUGGGGUUGGAAGGGACCUGAAAUCCCCCCCUGCCCUCUGAACUCAGCUGUUUGCUUGGGAAUGAGAAGUGCUGUGCUGUUGUCCAGGAGCUGUUUAGUGCUCCCAGCCCUUGUUCUGCUUUGGGACAGACAUUUUUGGGUGGUCAUCAAUGGCAAUUCCACAUUUGGCACUGUGGGCACAGGCUGCAGAGCUGGUGUGGGCAAUGCUGGGAGGCUUUCUGAGCUUCUAAGCUGCUUUAUGUACUCAAGAUUUAUUUUAUUAGUGACUUUUCCCUCUUUAUGCCCUUAGUCCAUCCAGUCUGUUGUCCUGGAACAGCAACUUCAUUAUCAGUUGUUGCAUGUGAGCUGCCCUGGUUAGAAGAAAAGACCUGUAUUGAGAAUGUAUUUUAAAGUGCCUGAAUUUUGGUUUUGAGUUGAUACAAUGUUUGUAUAUGAGUUCAUGGUUCUCUGAUAAUCUGUAAUUUAAAAUUGUUGCCAGAUCCUGCAGGUUUUGUACCAGGCUGUGUCAUGUCAACCUUCUCUAGCUCUGUUCUGCUUGGUGAUCAAGGCAGAUUUCCUGAGAAAGGUUUAAUCACUACUUGGAAAACUCAAAUACAACAUUUUGUAUCAUC